AGCGGAACUGAUACUCACAGAGCAGCGGUAUAAUUUUGUUUUUCAUUGUGUCAAUACUUAAUCACGCAUGAUAAUACCAGACGAUGAACUGUGAACUUAUUUAAAAUACGAUAAGCUGCACUUACUUUGCUGCAUUCUUUUAUUAGUUUGUUCUCAAAAUGCAUAAAAUGCACACCCUCCUCUGGGGUUUUGUGUUAAUAGCUCUUUCUAGAGCUAUUCCCGAAUCGCUAAUCUAUCCUCCUGAUGGUACACCUCUCGAAGUUGGCGACGAUGUUUCGAUUAACGUCGAAUUGAAAAAUCCAAUCAUUUUCUACGGAACAAAAUAUGAUACGAUUUUUAUAAAUACCAACGGACUUCUUUCAUUCGGAAAUGAAUUUCCUACAUUCUUCAAUAUCGAAUUUCCAUUAGACUAUCCUAUUGUUGCCCCAUUCUACUCAAACGUGGACACUACAAAGUCUGGAAAUAUAUCCUACUAUGAAACGACCGACAGACAUUUGUUGGAUCGUGCUAAGAGCACCGUACGAGAUGCAUUUACCAAUUCGAAUUUUAUUCCAAUUAGCAUAUUUGUUGUUACUUGGAAUAAAGUUGGAUAUUACAAAGCUGGAAAUGAUUAUCUGAACACCUUCCAAGUUGCAAUCUACAUUGGAAAUACGGAUUGUUUUGUCGAAUUCUUAUACCCUGAGAAUGGGAUUCAAUGGAUACAGGGUACAGGGGAUGAAUCUGGCUUACCUGACGCCAGAUCACAAGUGGGUUUCAUUUCAGCAGAUAGAAGAUUCUACCUGCUUCCUGGCUCUGGAAAUGAUCGAGUUCGAUUCCUCGAAAAGAGAUCGAAUAUGAAACUCCCCGGUCAGUGGUUGUUCCAAGUCGGAAACUUAGGUAUUGAUGAGAAUGUAGUGCAACCCAAUAUUCACAUCACUUCAAAUCAACAACCCCAAACAUGUGCCAAUGCUACUACACAAUGCAAUAUUCAAGCAAAAUGCACCGAUUAUACAGCAGGAUUUUGCUGUUCCUGUAAAAAUAAUUUUUAUGGAAACGGUUUAAAUUGUAUCAAGAAAGAUGUACCAUUGAGAGUAAAUGGAAAGGUUAAAGCCACAUUAAAUGGUCUAUCAAUCGAAACACUUGAUUUGCAAUCGUAUGUCGUAAUGUCCGACGGUCGUUCAUACACUGCAAUGUCCAAAAUUCCAGAACCAAUUGGUCCAAAUAUUCAAUCGCUGCAAAUCCUAGGUUCUACUAUUGGUUGGCUUUUUGCAAGACCUGUUGGUAACUCUCUGAACGGUUUUCAAUUAACUGGUGGUAUUUUCAAUCACACGGCCGUAAUUACUUUCCCAAAUACAAAUGAUUCAGUCACAAUCAGACAAAAGUAUUUGGGAUUAGACGUUUUCGAUCAAUUAAAAUUAGAGACCAUAAUCACCGGAGAUAUUCCACAAAUCCCAAAUGUUAAUAUUGACAUUAACGAAUACCAAGAGGAAUAUACAUACACAUCACCCGGAGUCGUUCAAUCCUCUGCCAAUCAUGCAUUCGUUUAUAGUUUUAACAAGCAGGUCAUAGAAGAACCAUACCACAUCGUACAAACGAUUACAUUCGACUAUUGCAAGCACGAAGAACUUCCGCUUUCUACAGUUUGGAAAUUGAAAGUUGGAAAAAAUUUCAUUAGCUACGAAUCUCGAGAACAAAUCGUUCGAUAUGGAAUGAGCAAUAAAAUAACUCCUUUUGAAGAAUAUGAUCCAUGUUUGGAAGGACAUUAUCAAUGUGGGCCAAACAGUGCUUGCGUUGUUGAUGGCGAUUCGUUCAACUGCUUAUGUACACCAGGUUAUCAGCAAAUUUUAGAAAAUGAAUUGGAAGUUUGUGUCGAUGUCAACGAAUGUAAUCUCGGGAUUCACGAUUGCGAUUACAAUUCCAAAUGCAUCAAUGAAGUAGGCAGUUACCGUUGCGAAUGUAAUCCUGGAUUCGUUGCGAAUGGCAAAAUAUGCGAGAACGCCAAAUCGUGCAACAACGUUCAAUGUAAUACGAAUGCCGAGUGCGUCCAAAGAGGAACAAUUGCAGUUUGUACUUGUUCGCAAGGUUAUACAGGAAAUGGACAGAUUUGCACGGCAAUAAAAAGUCAAUCCUGCCAUAUCAUGCAUAAUUGUUCACCAUAUGCUUAUUGUCAAAUUGAUGAGGAGGUCCAGACUUACAAAUGCUACUGUUUACCUGCAUAUGACGGCGAUGGUUAUACCUGUGUACCUUCAAAAGUGAACAAGGAAAUUGAAAGGUGUAUAAUGGGAGUUUGUACGUGUCCGCCAGGUAUGCGUAAAGAACCAAAUACUAAAUAUUGUAUAGAAAUUCAAUACACCACACCAGCGUAUGAAGAAAAUACGGAAAUAAACGCAUCAGAAGAAGACGAAUUGGAACAAACUACUUUAUACGAUUCUUGUAACAUCUUAAAUAAUUGCCAUUCGAAUGCCCAAUGUAUUUAUGUAGAAAAUAUGUACAAAUGCGUGUGCAAUACUGGUUACGAGGGUAAUGGUAUUGAUUGCUCCGAAACAUAUCAAUGCUCUCAAGAAAGUUGCGAUGAACAUGCAACUUGCACAUACAACGAAGACUAUGGAAAAUCAAUGUGCGUAUGUAAUGAAGGUUUUUCUGGAAACGGUUAUUCUUGCUACAUCGAAACGGCUGAUGCUUGUACAAGCGAUUACGACUGUUUAGAAAACGAAAUGUGUCGUUAUAUAAACGAAUCUGCUGUAAUGGCAUGCAUAUGCAGAGAUGGUUUGGAAAGAGAUUCUCAGCAGCAUUGCGUAGCAAUUAAGGGGACUUGCGGUGGUGGAACGUGCGUGGAAAAUGCUGAAUGCAUAUACGAUGAGGAAAUUGAUACUUACUACUGUAAUUGCAAGAAGGAUUUCGUUGGAUCUGGCAUAACUGAAUGCAGACCGAGACCAGUUGGUUGUAACGUCGACAACAAUUGCGGCCUGCACGCUACAUGCAGUUACAAUUCUUACAACGGUAGCUAUGAAUGCGUUUGUUCCGAAGGUUUUCACGGUGACGGUUUCAUUUGCUACGCUGAAAACAAUUGUCACAUAGAUCCUAGCAUUUGCCAUCCAAACGCCGUAUGCGUAACGAACGCCAACCGAAAGUACAUUUGCGAAUGCAAUUCUGGUUUUCUCGGAAAUGGAACGAUAUGUCAUGCAGCUCCGAAACACGAAGGCAAUUUCCUUUUGGUGAAUCAAGGAAUUGCCACAUUAAAAGUCCCUUAUGAGAGAAGCCGAUACGCCGAAGGAAAACCAAUUCAAUUAAAAUAUUUCCAAUUAGCCGUUGGUUUGGAUGUAGACUGUUUCGCUGGUCGAGUGUAUUGGAGUGAUAUAAACUUUAAAGCAAUCCGAAGUUCCUCAUACACCGGCUCAAAUAAAAUAGAUUUCAUUACGAAAGAUAUUGGAUCACCAGAAGGAUUGGCCAUUGAUUGGAUCUCAAGAAACAUUUAUUGGACAGAUUCUACUAAAGACAUAAUCGGCGUGGCAAACCUCGAUUCGAAACUAAGGAAAACCUUAUUUAAUACAGGUUUGGUGAAUCCAAGAGGAAUUGUUGUACAUCCACAAAGAGGAAAGAUUUUCUGGUCAGAUUGGGACAGAAAUAAGCCGAAAAUCGAAUGGGCCAAUGCUGACGGUUCUGGGAGAGAAAUUUUCUUGCAAGGUUCACAUUUGGUACACUUGCCAAAUUCACUAACAAUUGAUUACUACACGGAACAACUUUGCUACGCCGAUGCUGGUAUUAAGAAAAUCAUGUGCGUUGAUAUCGACACGAAAGAACCUCGCGAGAUGGCAAUUAAUUGCACAUAUCCGUUUGGAAUUUCUGCAACAGAAUCGAACAUCUACUGGUCGGACUGGAUUUCGAAAAAAAUUGAAGGACUCGACAAGUAUACUUUGAAACGCAUAGAUCCUCCAUUGGAAGUCCCAUUAGGCGGCACUGGCAACAAAUUGUACGGAUUGGUAUCAGUACCAGACAGUUGUCCAGAAUUGUCGAACGUCUGUAUGCAUAAAGAUCAAUGCCCCGAAAACUUCAUUUGCUUACCUGACGGCAAAGGCAGCAGAUCUUGCGUAUGCGGUAACAAAAUCGAUUCGUUUGAAAAAAACUGCUUAGAAUAAGUUAAUCACAUAUCCAUAUCAACACAUGUAUGUUAUGUCAGUACAUUUAUAAAUAUAUCUAUAAAUAAACAUCCCUAUAUAUAUAAUAUAUAAUAUUUAUUU